AUGUCGGAAGUAGCAGAACGAUACGUAGAACAGAUCCACACCACAGCAGAAACAUUGCGAAGACGGAUCAUUGCUUACUACGAUGGCAUAUUUUUCCUCGGAAACAAGCUCAUAACGGCUGCUGAUCGAGCACGCGACAUUGCUGAACCAGUUGCGUAUGAUGUGAAAGACUAUGUAAGUGUAAUAUUGCAUUUCGCCAUCUCGUUAUCCUUGACCAUUCACUUCUUACUGGAACAGGUGAAGUAG